GAUUAUCGAGUGAACAUUUUUCUUCGUCAGAACUGGAAUGAUCCACGCCUUGCUUAUAGUGAAUAUCCAGAUGACUCUUUAGAUUUAGAUCCAUCCAUGCUGGAUUUAAUCUGGAAACCUGAUUUAUUUUUUGCCAAUGAGAAGGGUGCCAACUUUCAUGAAGUAACAACUGACAAUAAGUUGCUUCGAAUUUUUAAAAAUGGAAAUGUUCUUUAUUCUAUAAGGUUGACUUUAAUACUUUCCUGUCCAAUGGAUCUCAAAAAUUUCCCAAUGGAUGUCCAGACCUGUAUAAUGCAACUGGAAAGCUUUGGUUAUACAAUGAAUGAUCUUGUAUUUGAAUGGCAAGAAAAUGGUGCUGUACAAGUAGCUGAUGGACUCACUUUGCCACAGUUUUUGUUGAAAGAAGAUAAAGAUCUUUGUUACUGCACAAAACACUACAAUACAGGAAAGUUUACCUGCAUUGAAGUUCGAUUCCAUCUUGAAAGGCAGAUGGGAUAUUAUCUUAUUCAAAUGUAUAUUCCCAGUCUCCUGAUUGUCAUACUGUCAUGGGUGUCAUUUUGGAUCAACAUGGAUGCUGCUCCGGCUAGAGUGGCUCUAGGUAUAACAACUGUACUCACAAUGACGACCCAGAGUUCGGGAUCACGGGCUUCACUCCCAAAGGUAUCAUAUGUCAAGGCUAUUGACAUCUGGAUGGCUGUUUGCUUGCUUUUUGUGUUCUCUGCACUUCUGGAAUAUGCAGCUGUAAAUUUUGUGUCAAGACAACAUAAAGAACUGUUAAGAUUUCAUCGAAAAAGAAAGAAGAAUAAGACCACCAUGUUAAAUCAAUACCUUGAUGCCGAUAUAAGGGAAAAUCGGUUCAAUUUCACGGGCUAUGGAAUGGGACCACCUUGUAUACAAGCAAAGGAUGGAGUGGUCCCAAAAGGAUCCAAUAAUCCAGUUCAGUCUGCAUCCCUUACUCCUGAAGAAAUGAGGAAAGUAUUCAUUGAUCGGGCCAAGAAAAUUGAUACUAUAUCCAGAGCCUGUUUCCCUUUAGCCUUUCUUAUAUUCAACAUUUUCUACUGGGUUAUCUAUAAAAUUGUUAGGCAUGAGGACAUUCACCAAAAACAAAAUUAA